GAGAAGGGGACGGGCCUCACGUUUCGCCAGUUCACUGCAUGGUCUCGGCGUAUGAAGGAGGCGGAGAUUGCAGAAUAUGUGCGCCAGUUCAAGAAGCUCGACGAGAGUGGUGAUGGCGUUCUGGAUCGCUCGGAGGUGAAGACGCUCUUGGCAGAAAUGGGGUACACGCCCAUGCGAUCCAACGUGCAGGAUCUCUUUGAGGCAGUAGACAUGGACAAAGACAACACCAUCAACUUGGAGGAGUAUCUGGAUGUGAUGGAUUACUUCAAGAAGUGGGACGGUUUCACUGGAUCACAGGCUGACGAGCUGCAGACCCUUUUCAACAGGCCCGCUUAG